CCGUUUGUUUCGUAUCAUGGAGAUAUGUUGUCCAGGACGCUCAUAACAGCCGCAGCACAUGCAUCAACUCUCCACAUCCAACCUUCCACGUCCAUCAUAUCCCUAACCUCCCCCUUCACCCGCGGCUCCUUACGCACACUCCAAAGCGUCAUUAUCGCGCAUGCAAUAAAGUCUAAGACUCCAGCGAUCCCGGGGGAGGUCAAUGCAGCAGUCCUUGUUCCGUUGUGUAACGUCGAUGGCGUACCCGGCGUGCUACGAGGCGGUAAGCUGAGGUUCUAUGCUGGUGAAGUCAGCUUCCCUGGCGGAAGGGUGGACCCAGCAGACGAUUCGUUUCUAGCUGCUGCGCUCAGAGAAACACAAGAAGAAGUAGGUCUAGAUAAUGGGCAGAUCAACAUUCACGGCCAAUUUGGCCCGCCGGAGCGAAGUCGCAUGGGGUUUAGAGCGCGGCCCUACGUCGGCUUUGUAUACCCGCAUGGCAGUCAUAAAACAGAUACCGGAUCCCUAGAUGAUCCCUUGCCCUCCGUUUCGCUUUCCUCACUCACGAUAUCUCAGGACGAGGUGGCGACCGUCUUCCAUCUUCCCCUCCCCGCAUUUACGUCCCCUGCGCGUGUCAGGCCUGACAUGUUCCGCGCCGCCAGCCCAUGUUGGGCCAUUGAUGUCUCUGGCCUCGUGGAAGGGUUCGACGGAGUAAACGACCCAUUGGAACAUCCGGCGGUGGGUGGUGGGAAGGAGGGACGUUUAAAAGUUUGGAGAUUGAUAGGUUGGUACGUUGCUCAUGAAAAUUAUACGCUUGAGCAAAAGAUUAUCAUAUGGCGAUGUAUCUGGAGGUUCUUGAGACAAUCCUUGAGAAACUAG